AUGCCAGCACUGCGCCUAGGCUCGACUGCCCCCGACUUUGUUGCGGAGACUACUCAGUACGUGGAUAAACGCUAUGGAUACUUAUACAACAGUGGGCUUAUCCGGUUCCACGAGUGGAUCGACCAGUCAUGGGCUGUCCUGUUUUCCCACCCCGAUGACUUUACGCCUGUAUGUACCACAGAGCUGGGCGAUGUAGCCGUGCGUGCGGAGCAAUUUGCAGCGCGUGGUGUAAAAGUGAUAGGGAUUUCGGCAAACAGCGUGGCAUCCCACAUUGUGUGGAUCCAAGACAUUAACGAUGUCGCUUCCGCCUGUGUCCAUUUCCCCAUCAUUGGUGACCGCGACAGGAAAGUGUCAGCGCUGUACGGAAUGCUUGAUGAGCAGGACCUCUCGAAUACGGAUUCUACGGGAAUGCCGUACACUGUGCGUGAUGUGUUUGUGAUCGACCCAAACAAGGUAAUUCGCCUCAAAAUUUCGUAUCCUGCGUCUACCGGACGCAAUUUUGACGAAAUUUUGAGGGCCAUCGAUUCGCUGCAGCUUGGAGAUGCGUACCCAAUUGUGACGCCAGCGAAUUGGAACCCUGGGCAAAAGGUAAUUGUGCACGCCAAACUGGGCAACGAGGAGGCGAAAAAGCACUUCCAGGUGUAUGAUACAAAAAAACCGUACUUGCGCUACACGGACGAUCCUCGCAAAAGUAUCAAAGCUUCUUUGUGGGACAAAAUUUGCGCUCUCUUCAGUAAAAGUUAUGCCGCCGACAAAGACAAUGCGUAG